CGCCGCGUCCCUGGUCGCGUGCGUUGGGCGGGCGCGCGCGGAGGCGAAGAUGGCCUGCACGCGUGCGCCGGCGCAUUUUCGCCCCUCAGGCGUGUGCGCGAUUCCAUCGCUCUAGUAGCCGCCGUCGCGGGAACGCCGCCGCCAACCACCCGCCUCAGUCAGUCACUCAGCCAGCCAGCCCUGAGAGGGAGAAAGGGAAGGCGAGGGAGCGGGCGGGAUUAUUAUGGGCUGUGGGUGCUGCCGUUGCUGAGCCUGAGCAAAGAUGGAGCUCUCUGCAGUGGGCGAGCGGGUCUUUGCGGCCGAAUCCAUCAUCAAGCGGCGGAUCCGAAAGGGACGCAUCGAAUACCUGGUGAAAUGGAAAGGCUGGGCCAUCAAGUACAGCACUUGGGAACCCGAGGAAAAUAUCCUAGAUUCUCGCUUGAUUGCAGCCUUUGAGCAAAAGGAACGUGAGCGUGAGCUUUAUGGACCUAAGAAGAGAGGACCUAAACCUAAAACUUUUCUGCUAAAGGCUCGGGCCCAAGCAGAGGCCCUACACAUUGGGGAUGUACAUUUUUCUGUCAAGCCCAGUUCUAGCACAGCCUCACCAAAACUGCACUCCAGUGCUGCGGUGCACCGGCUCAAGAAGGACAUCCGAAGAUGCCACCGUAUGUCCCGGCGCCCAUUGCCCCGCCCGGAUCCACAGAACAGUGGAGUGGGUGGGAGCACUGGCAUACGCCCCCCUGUCUCUCCUUUCUCAGAGACCGUACGCAUCAUCAACCGCAAAGUGAAACCUCGUGAGCCCAAGCGUAGUCGUAUUAUUCUCAAUCUGAAAGUCAUUGAUAAAAGUGGCAAAGGAGCAAGUGGGGGAGGAAACUUGGCACGUUCUAAGAUCCCUUCCCGAAAUCGUGUAAUUGGUAAAAGCAAGAAGUUUAGUGAGAGCAUGCUUCGUAAUCAGAUCCGCCACAUGAAAUUCGGAAGCUUCCCUCUGUAUAACAAGCCAUCUGUUCCAACCCCAUCAUUAGAGGGGAAGACACAGGCAGGAGGCUCUCAAGGUGCUUCUUGUGGACUCAUGGGUUCUUCUGCCUAUGAUGCCCGCAGUUCCAGCUCCUCUGACUGCCCCUCACCAGCUCCACACUCCUCAUCUGAUCCAGAUGAUUCCCCACCAAAGCUGCUUCCCGAGAUUCUAAAUCCUACCAUUCCUGACUGGCGUGAAUCUGAGGUCCUCGAUCUGUCAAUUCCACCUGAGUCAGCAGUGACCAGUAAGCAGUCACCUUCCAGAGGGAAUGGAGUAGGUCAGAUCCCAUCAUCUCCAUUGUCUUCUGACCCAGAACAGGAGGCUGGUGAUUGGCGACCUGAAAUGUCUCCAUGCUCUAAUGUGGUAGUUACUGAUGUCACCAGCAAUCUAUUAACCGUCACAAUCAAGGAAUUCUGCAAUGCUGAAGAUUUUGAAAAAGUGGCAGCAGCCGGAGGUGGUGGUGGAGGAGGAGGAGGCAGCAAAUAAAGAGGUGUAUUCCUCUUUCACAAAUGUUGGGGGAGGGGGAGGGGACAAGGAGGCUAUACUGCAAGACCAUGCAUGAUAUGAAUGCUUGCUUUCUUCUCUCUCUUCCUUCUCAUCUGUUCUUUCUCGUUUUGCUUGGAAAUUAAGUUGAUAGAGGAAUGGAAAUAGAUGUGUUUGAAAUUCUCCAAUGUCACAGCUGUUAGGACUCAUGCUGGGAAAUAAAUUUUCCUUUGGUGCAUAUUUGGAGGUCUUCAAAAAUUGCAUCUUUUUGACAGGAACCUGGUAAAUAAGAGCUUGGGAGAAUGGUGGGUAUAUUAAGUGAAUGAUAUAUUUUCCCCUCGUGUUAAAAAAAAACAAAGUAACCCUUUGGCCAAACUCAAAAGUAGGGAGUUUAUUUUCCGUGAAUUGCUACUUUAUUCCUGUCACCUUUCCUGUAUAUUUGUGAUUUGACAAAGAUAAUUUGGAUUGACAAUAUCCAAGGAAAAUGUCACCAUAGUUAUGGGAAACUGCUACAGAAUUUAGAAACCGUUACAGAACUUCAUAGGGAUUGGGUGUGCCUAAUCCUGCAGUGCAUUUCUGAAUGUUGUUCCACUGUGCAUGCAUUAGAAGUGCAAAUAAGGUAGUUCUGUAGCAUUUCUGUAGAUGGUUUAGGCCCAUUUUCCCUUUUCAUUAGCCUUGAACUAUAUAUCUAAUAGUUCCUGAUUGUAAUACAUUUUGUAUUUUUUUUACUGUUAAGCUAAAGCUGCUUCAGUCUUAUGAAUCUGUUAAUCUUAUCUUGCAUCAUUUGUUCUUUACAUAUCAGAUGCAUGAGUUUUAUUUUUUCUGAAACCUUAUUUCAAAAAAAAGUGGGGCCUAAUACUCCUUUAGAAAAGUGCAUUGAAAUGCAACCCACUAUUCUUAUUUACAUUGGUAUAUUUAGUUAUAUGUCAGCAAAGUAGGAAAAAGGUGCUUGGAAGAACAUUCAUUUCUGCAGUUCCCACGAUUUCAAGUUGCCUGUACAGUUGCCAACCAAAGGUGCUAAGAACAUAUUGUAAGCGUUUAUUAUAUGUCUCUUGGAUCUUGGUAUGUUUGUUGGGAGACAGUGUGUGUGUUUAGUGUAUGCUUGCCUCUUCCUCCCAUCCACCCGCCUGCCAUACCUUCCUUUCAUUUAAUUCAUUUUUACUGAAACCUGAGUACUCUGCUUUGUAAGCAAAUAAUGUAAUUGCUUUUGCUAUAUUGCUUCCACCACCACCACCUACAAAUGUUAGGAACAAUGACUCUAUGUAUUGAUGACUAACAUUCACUGAAAUAUCUCUUCAAAUUUCCACUUCAUAGUUCUUUUGUCACAUGUUCCAGCUUUGAUGCAAACUUCUGCCCUAUACUACGCCUCCCAAUUUGUUAGUAGUGGCACAUGUGGGUAUGUAUGUAGUGUUGUCCAACAAACUAUUUAUACAUUGUUACAUUAGGAUGGGAAGGAUGUGUUUGAGGUAAUUCUUAAGGGCUCAGCUGCAUGCUAUGCUGUCACUGAAAUAACUCUUGUUCUUAAUGGCAUGUUUUUUCUCUACGUUCCCGUCUGAACAAUUAUCUUUUAAGAUUCUGCUUAGGGAUUUUUUUCUUUCAUUUUGUUCUGUUCUUUUAAUGUUUAUUAACAAUAUAUGUGAAGUCUGGUGCUGCAAAUACUGUGGCAUUUACUGUUUGAUUGAUAAGGUUUUAAAAAGCAGUGAUUUAAUUUCAUUCUCCAUUAGAAAGGAUUUCUUCACACUUUUCCUUCUCCUGUGUUUUUUUUUUAACAUUCCUCUCUUUCCUUCAAGGACUUUGCAGAAUUCCAUUUGUUUAUAUCCAUGCUUAAGAAGAAAUCAGAACUUUGUUAGAAAAAAGAUUGAGAGCUGAUAUGUGUUAGAGUCCUAAAUAUCAGUGUCUAUACAUAGAUGCCUACCGAAAGCAAAGUUUAUGAUGUUAAUAAUUGUAUUGUUUGUGACAGUUUGAGUGCAAUGAAUAUUGAAAAAAUAUUCAAGUUUUAUUGUUAUCCAGUCAUGCGUUCUCUUUAGUGUCUUUUAAUUUUUUUUAAAAAUGAAUGAACUCUACAAGGUGUGCAGGGUUAUUACCUCUCCUCCCACUGAUAUAUAACUCCAAGGCUUUCUGUUAUUCCACAGAUGCAUGCUUUGGAAUUCACUGUUUGUAAUUUUUUGUGAAAUCAGUAAGACAAGUUGUAUCAUUGCAUUGCCUCAGAAGAAUAGGAGGCAUUAUCAUGAGAGUUUAUUUUAAUGGCUUCAAAGGUGGGUGGGUGAGGACAGAGAUAUAUAAUAGGGAGAGAACAGGGAGACUUGUAUUAAAAAAGACUUUAAGAGAAAAAAUAGAAUUAUUUUAUGAAACUUCAAGAGGAAAUAUAAGGGUGGUUGAAUAGUCAAUCAUGUUCUACAAUUGUUUAUUUUUAUGGCAUUUUGUUAGAAACAAAUUAGAUAGCCAUUAUAAAAAGGAAUUUCAAUAGGAAACUCUUCAGAUACUUUAGCACACAAUCUCUCCGCCCAUUUCCCCCUUGUUUCCUAGAGUCUCUUGUCACUUUAGUUUCUGUGAGUUUCCAUAGAAUAUGGUUUUUACCUUUCUUAGAGGUAUUAUGAAAAAAUAGUCAUUAACAAACUGGCGGAUUUCAACAUAAAGCUCCUCCAAAUGCAUCAAACAGGUUUUGUUUGAUUUUAUUCCAUCCAAAAUGAGAUCAACUACCAGAAAUAGUGGAGUGUGUGCCUGGAGAAAAUGAAAGAAGGAGAUGAAAUAAUUUAUCCUUCCUCUUUUAUGAUCAUUUUAACAUAAAGAUAUUGGUAUACGUUUUAUGCACUAAAUACUUGCUCAGGAGGUAUAUCUGCUUAAAACUAACAUGUACAUGUUUACUGCUUCUUAAGGCAUAAAAUUUCCUCCGCACACUUUUGUUCUUUACUAUCAUACAUGAAAAACAAAUAAGGAAUUUUUUUUUUGUUUUCAUAACAUGAAAACUGCUUGAGGAAAAGUCAAAGGCUGAAACUUCUAGCACAAGCUGCUUGAAUUCCUCGAUUGCUAUAAUUGCCACUGUAGCAAGUGUUUAAAAAUGAAAAGCAGUAAAUUAGGGGUGGAAAUAUUAUGGUCCAAAAGCUGCAUGUGGCCCUCCAUCUCUUUUGGGCUAAAAAUUUGGGCCUUUUUCCUCGUUUUAGGUGUUUUAAGGAAUGCAAUGAUUGUUUUAAAACUCAACAUACUAAUGUAGCACCUACUGUACUCCUGAACCCUUUCUCUCAAAUGGAGCCUAGCUUUUCCCAUAUCUGUAUGUUACAUGUUACAUCUGAUGUAGCUCUUGAGUUAAUGGAAGUUGUAUGCUCCUUCACUGUAAUUAUUAUUCCUUAAAUCCUUUUGAAGUAGUAGCAUUUGCAGUUAGUAAAUUUGUCUAGUUUUGCCUUGUUUGUGAUGAUCACUGGAGAUUUAGCCAAAAAUAUUUAAACAAGUGGUGUUUGAGUAAGAAAUCUCUGGCAAGUUGCUAUUCAGCCAGUCUGGUAAAACAGAAUAUGGUGCUAAUUGUUGGUUGUAUUGCUAUUAUCUCUUCUAUCUCAUUACAACCAGCAGACAUAUUUUAAGAAUGGGCUAAGGUUGUGAACUAGAGUAAUUAAUUCACAGAGGUGUAAGGGAUUUGAGCCAGUUUGAUGCAAAGAAAUGCCUGCUAUUUGGAUUAUAAAAUAGCCUCCUGGCAGCGUCUAAUGAAUUUGGGAGGUUCUGUAACAUACCAACCUAGUUGCUCUUACCUGUCUCUAGGAGCUAGAAAAUUUCUUCACAUCAGAAAGAAUCAUCUCCUUUAAGGGCAGGGGGAGACCAGUUAUGUGUAAUACUGGAAUGCAAGAUUGUUCUUGCUUUAGAUUAUUUUUCCCUUCCUAAUUUGGCACAUGCUCUAUAAAAGCAAAUUGUGUUGAUCUUUUCUGUUAAAAGGAAACCUUGUUCCAUGAUGCAGUCAAACCACUAGAGGGUAAUAUAGAGCUAUUGUUGGGUUUUAAUGAUUUGAGCUUUGUUUAUUACCUUGAAUCUUAUUUUCUCCUUAUAUGAUAAAGCAUAAAAGCCCUUCUAUACAUACGUGCAAAGAUGCACAGUCUGUGCAAAGAUGCCGUGUGAGUUGUAUGUAUGGGUUUUCUUUGUAUCUAUGCCAUGCUUGUGGCCACUUUUGUUAUUAGGAGA